CAGCUAUUUUCACUAACCUGACGUUCUCCAAAUUUUUUACAUUCUGUAUAAUUGUACCUUUAUUGACUCUUGUUUUAUUAUAGAAAGAAUCAAAAGGAAGAAAUAAUUACAUUUUGGGACUGUUUUAGACAAGAAUUGCUUUUUUGUCAUCUUCUCAAAAACUAACAUUACACACUUAUUUCAGUAUGAAAUUGUUAACUGUAAAUUUCCUUACUUGCUCAAACAAGAGAUGCAGUGGCACCUCUGAAGCAUUUCCUUUAAAGAUUGAAGAUGCCAAGCUGGCUAUCCAAGAAAUUGAGCUUAAGCCUGAAUUUUUGCGUAAUAUUCUUCCCAGAGUCGACUGGAACGCUUUAUUGAUUAGUACAAGACAGUUGGGGAAUCACAGUCUUCCCGAAGAGAAGCCAGAAUUGACGGAAGAAUCCGACGAGGUUCUUUUAAAAUCACUUCAUAAUGUUUUGCUGGAGACUGAAAUCACGGAGGGUAAAAUGACUUGUGGAAGUUGCGGUCAUGUCUAUCCUAUAUAUGAGGGAAUCCCCAACAUGCUUCUUUCUGAAACAGAGAUUUAAUACGAGUUCGUUACUGGCCUUUUGAUUGGGGAACCGAUUAGAAUGGGACUUGAAGUAUCCAGGUUAUGUAUCGUAAUGCGGUUCUGAAGAAAAUUCCUUCUUUAUACUAAAUAAAAAAACAUGGAAGUUUAAUUAUUUUAUAGAAUUCUUUCCAUAGUGGUUUGCGGUGAAUAACAGAACUUUUUCUUGGCAAAAUCAUAGAUAGAAUCUCAUUAGGAUUUAGUUUUAAAUUGUUUCGAUGAAUGUUCAUUGAAGGGUACUUCCCUUCUUAUAGAGAACAGUGAUUCUGUUAAUAAUCCAAAUACAUCUAUACAAAAU